AUGGAUCAAUUCCCCACGGAAAUCGUCGAGAAAAUAUUCACCUCUUACGAUUUGAGCAUCCUGGACGUGGUGAAUGCAAGCGCAACAUGCAAGCACCUUCGCGAUGAACUUUACAACAACGAUCGAGUCUGGAAAUCGCUGUAUUAUCAUAAUUUGCCAGUGACUGUUUCACAUUUGCUGAGUGCCAGGACCACAAAUACAGUUGAUUGGCUAGAAGAGAUUAAAUAUGUGUAUGAGGUGAAAAGUAAAGUGCGCCGUAUGUUGGAGACAAUGCCGGAUACUUAUUAUUCAGUGCCGAAUAUCGGUCCGUCAGAGUUAACUGGAUGGGAUGAGUUUAUCAAAUCCAGUCCAGCAGGAACCUAUUACAUUGUCAUGUGGUAUCUUAAUUUGCUUAUUUGUGAUUACAAGCAGAUUCAUAGCUUCUCAGUUGUCUCAUUGUUCACGCCCGGUAAUAAAACUCUGCGUUACUAUUGUUUAAAAGUAAUGGAAUACUUGCGACAUUCCAAACUAACACAGGACUAUGAAGGUUUUAUGCAACUCGAUGAAAAACAGCGCAUUCUUGAAAAAGUCGCGACUUUUGUUGCACAAUGGUGUCAGCCUACAAAGAUCAUACGCUACAAAGAUAUCGAAGAGCAACUAGAUCAACUUGCCGCCUCAGCCAGACAAGAAUUAUUCGCAGUGAAUCCAAAACAUCCUUUGUUUCAAGUUCCUAAAGAAACUCUAUUAGAUUGGAAGUCACGGAAUUUGGAAAAGCAUCAAUUCGACGGAAAUAGAUGUCAGGAAAUACUCAACGCGAUAAAUCACACUUUAUAUCGUCAACAUAGAUUCUCCGAGAAUCGUAUUAACUUCUACGAUCCGAAGAAUUCGUAUAUCAAUUAUGUGUUGCGACGUGAAGUUGGGUUGCCUAUCUUGUUAUGCAUUGUUUAUGAGAGCGUCGCGAGGCGAAUGGGUGUCAAUUGUGAGCCGGUGAAUGUGCCAUCGCACUUUUUACUGCGAUAUUUAGGUGAAGGGAAUGGUAGGACUAAGGUGCAGUAUGUAUACGCAGCCAAUCAGGGUGCAUUGCUUGCCAGUGGCGCGUGUCCCUAUUCGGCGCAUUACGCGGAUUCCACUGCGCCACCUAUGAUGUCACGAGCUAACGCCGCAGCGGUUAUGUUACGCAUGGCUGCCAAUCUAGAAAAUGCCCUGCAGGAAACCACAAACUCAACGGGUGAUCUAGCACCACUUCGACAGGUUUUAGAACUGAGCGUGCUUGUAGCACCCAGCAGUUUGAACAUGGUACUUAAUCUGGCGAGGUUGUGCAUGUCAGUCAACAUGGACGCCCGAUACGUCGAACAGAUUAUCUUACACAAUAACUAUGAUGAACAACAGAAUGCCGAGAAUGUUCUACAAAUGUUGCGCGACUAUGAAGUGCAUCGCGAACACGAGCACAUCUACGAGCAGUCGCGUGUGAAGCGACGUCCACGUGGCUUGAAGUUCGCCGUUGGUCAGGUGAUGCGUCACAAGUUGUAUAACUACGCCGGUGUUAUCACCGCUUGGACGGAGCGCUGCGAGGCAUCUGCUGAAUGGCAAAAGAACAUGAACAUCGACCGCCUGCAGCGUCGCAAUAAACAACCUUUCUACUACGUUGUUGUCGACGACGGCACGAAUAGAUACGUUGCUGAAGAAAAUAUUUGGAUAAUAAAUGAAGUUGACGAUACACUGCUUGAAAUGGAGGAGUUAGGACGGCAUUUCAGCCACUUCCAUGGCACUGCCUUCGUACCGAACAGCGCAAAGGAGCGCGAAUAUCCCGAGGAUAAAUCAAUCCGUGAGAGAACUCGAUAUAAUGAAAAUCCGCCAACAUGAGCGCCGAUGGGACGCAGUUUAAUUGCCUUUUUGCUGAUACCGGCAGCAUGGCACGUAUCCACCACGUCAGUGACGUUCUUGUAGGACUCGGGUGCUUCCUCCAUGACAAGUUUUGGUGAUGCAACACGAAUCGAAAUACCAGCCUCUUGCAGUUUUGCAAGUACUUCGGUAUAUUCAAUGUUUCGACGUGAUUUUGCCCUGGACAACGCACGACCCUAAAAAUAAUUUUUAAAAAAGUAAAAUACAAUCGGAAAAGUAAGUAAAAUUAAAA